AUGGCUCACAAGCUCUGCUUCUCCUGGCUGUUGGUCUGCUGGUUGGUGGUAACUGUGGCAGAAGGACAAGAGAUAGUCACCUCUCCUGAAGAUUCUACAGACUGUCAGGUUUUUACACUCACUCCUCCACCCACCACAAGGAAACCGGUGACAAGGUUCCAGCCCGUCACAAGGACACCCAAGCGUCCUUCCUAUUUUUUUCCAACAUGGAGGCCCAGAGUCCACAUCAGGUUUCCAAACAGACCUUUCUUUCCUCCAAGGUGCAAUCGUCAUUUUCAGUUCCCUCCAUUUUUUUGGCCAAACAGUCGCUUUAUUCCACAUUACAGAUAUUUCCCCAGAAGAAGAUUCCGGAGAGGAAGUUCAUCUGAGGAAAACAGAUAG